CUCUGUCUUAUCUUGCUCUGUCAAUCUUUCCCUUUCCUGCAUAUUGUCCUUCCUUGCUAUCUUCUCAGAGACAAAACGGACGUCGUCUGUCGAUUUCCUCAACCCGCGGUCGCAACACACACACACACAGAGGGAGAUGAAUGGGAAGGUCGUGUGCGUGACGGGGGCCUCCGGCUUCAUCGCUUCAUGGCUGGUAAAGCUCCUCCUUGAUCGCGGUUACACUGUCAAGGCCACCGUUCGUGACCUUGGUGAUCCCAAGAAGACAGAACACUUGUGGGCAUUGGACGGAGCUAGUGAGCGGCUUCAGCUUUUCAAAGCAAACUUAUUAGAGGAAGGCUCAUUUGAUGCUGCUUUUGAUGGAUGUGAAUGUGUUUUCCAUACAGCUUCCCCUUGUUUUUUGGCUACUGAAGAUCCACAGGCUGAUUUAAUUGAUCCAGCAGUAAAAGGGACCCUUAAUGUUUUAAAUUCGUGUGCUAAAAUCUCUUCCAUUAAAAGGGUGGUUAUGACAUCAUCCAUGGCUGCUGUUACACUCAAUGAUAGAUGGACUCAUGAUGUGAUGAUUGAUGAGACAUGGUUUUCAAGUGUAGAUUUCUGUGAGCGUAAUGAGUUGUGGUAUGCGUUGUCGAAGACACUCGCUGAGGAGUGUGCUUGGAAGUUUUCGAAAGAUAAUGGCAUUGAUAUGGUCACAAUCAAUCCAUCAUUUGUCAUUGGUUCUCUUCUGCAACCAACUUUAAACUUAAGUGCUGCUCAAAUUCUGAACUUAAUAAAUGGAACAACUUACAACCCAAAUGAAAACUAUCGUUGGGUAAAUGUCAAAGAUGUCGCGUUGGCACAUAUCCUCGCAUUUGAGGUACCCUCUGCAAAUGGAAGAUAUUGUUUGGUUGAACGAGUUUCUCGUGAUUCGGAGGUUAUAAAAAUUAUAAAUGAACUAUAUCCAACUAUUCAACUCCCUCAGAAGUGCACAAACAAAGAGCCGGUUAACCCUAGAUAUCAGGUCUCGGACAAGAAAGCAAGAAGCUUGGGCUUAGAUUUUAUCCCUUUGGAGACAAGCCUCAAGGAGGUUAUUGAAAGCUUGAAAGAGAAAGGCUUUGUUAGUUUCUAAAAUGCAAGAAUAAAGCAAGUAUGAACUUUAUUAGGAUCUUGAUCAGCUUUUAUCUGUUAUUAAUAAGAACCUUUUAAAUCCAAUUUAAUUUAUCUUGUUUGAGUAUUAUGUAGUAUAAUUUAUCUAUGAUGUAUUUUUAUUCGGUUUUAUGUGGCCCACCAACUCAAAAGUCGUAUAUGAACUUUGUCAUGAAAGCCUGAGAACCUUAUGUAUGAAUAAAG